UGCUUGUCCUGUAGGUCCACACCCGAGGCCGGAGCCCCUGGCGGUGCUGGCGGACCCCCGGGGGGGCCGCCCCCCAACCUCACCAGCAACCGGCGACUUCAGCAGACCCAGGCGCAAGUGGACGAGGUGGUGGACAUCAUGCGAGUGAACGUGGACAAGGUUCUGGAGCGCGAUCAGAAGCUCUCGGAACUGGACGAUCGCGCCGACGCGCUGCAGCAGGGAGCCUCGCAGUUCGAGAGCAGCGCCGCGAAGCUGAAGCGCAAGUACUGGUGGAAAAACUGCAAGAUGAUGAUCAUUCUGGGCGUGAUCUGCGCUCUGGUCGUUCUCGUCAUCAUACUUUAUUUCUGUCUGUGAUGGUCAGAGCCCAACUGAUAAAAGCAGCGCAAGCUAAAUGAGAUCUCUUCCAUAAAAUAACCACCUUGUUCCCUCCCCUUCCUCGCCCCCUGUCCCCCUUCCGCUCUCCACCCGGUACCUCCCCAGCUUUCUCUUCUUGGGCUUGUGAAUGUGAUGACCCCUAACCCACCUCCCGGUUCCCAGCGCCCCCCUCUCUGUAAUGUACCCAAAGCAGUAUUGUAGUGUUGAAACACAAUAAGCUCCCAGAAAAGAAAAAAAAACCUCUCUAAUGUUAGGAAGUGAUCACUGUUCAUACCUCUGCAAACCAGCAAGGAUGUGCAAAGUCGAUCUGGCAGUAAAGGCGUAUACUUUAUGAAUAGACGCACUGCAUUUAGAAAUUAUUUAUGACCUUUUGUGAUCCUGUCCCACUCACAGUGCUGGCUGCCCGAGAGAAUGUGUUUACUCUUAGACUUUAACUGGCUGCCUGCAAACGUAACUCUUUGUGUAUUUUAAAGGUUUGGAAUCAAUAAAAAAAAACUAUGAUAUUCAUCAUGUAGAGGACAAACACAAGUAAUGUAUAUUGACACGGUUAGACAUUUUUUUUCACAAUUAAUAUAUAUAGCCACCGCUCCUGAAAAUCGAAUGGCCGAGUGAUUAUUUUCGACUGGUAAUCGCGAUUUGAUUCCUUGGGCAUCAUAUUCUCCCGGAUGUUAAUUUACUGCAAACACGGUACGGUUUUUUUUCUUCUUCUUUUUUUCGGGAUCAAACUACAUUCCCUGAUGCAUGCUUUUAUUCAAGACGGCAGUAAUUCCCACCUCUCGGUUGUGAUAUGUACGCAAACAAAACAAGAAAAAAAGAGAGAGUCUUCAGUAAAUUCUUGCCCAGAUUGUGGGGUUUUUUUUGGGGGGGGAGGUGGGGGGGGGGACACACCUAUUUGAGAAUUUGAGCGACGAGAGAGGCCGCGUGGACUGUGUGUGGCAUUGGCGCUGGAAGGGGCUUUAAGGCAUCCGUCGUCUGGGGCAGCGCGCACUGCGGCUGUUGCUGCCGCUGCUACGUUCGAGAACGUCCACGCAGAGGCACUCACGCAGGCUCCUCCUCUACGUCGCUCGCCGUCAUAGCCCUUGAGCGGGCAAAUUUUGAACCGUUUUGAAGAUUAAAAAAAAAAUCCUCCGCACGCUUUUCCAAAUACGUAAGUCGGAAACAACAAUUCUGUCUAAAGUAAUAUUCGCUGAUCGGCGAAGAGCAGACCGUCAGCAGACGUGCAGAUGUGACCCUCCACAUACCCCUGAAAACGACACAAUUGUGCAAUUGGUCUCACCUGGAUACGGUAUACUGCAAACAGACUCGGUGUCCAUAUUGUAACGUGCAACGUAAGUAGCUGUUGUGUUGUCUGUGCCGUGGGGUGUUCUCUCCUUGUGCCACGGUGCACGCGGCGACGUCGCGAAGGGCUCUGGGAUGAACACGCUGAGCUGUGCACGCUGCCCGUGGUUUCAAAAUUGUGAGUUAAUUGAUUUUAAAAUUAAAUUGCAAUGUGUUUCUGACGUCUAGAUGAGUUCUAAAGAGCAAUAUACUGUGAGCAUGUAAUCGAGGUGACACUAGUCCCUUGGUGGAAAACAGAUUCAAGUUGGCCGUAUUUCCCACCGUUUUGCUGGUUUGUCCCGGAUGGCUGAACACCGCUCAGACUACAACAAUCUGGCCAAGACGUUGAUGUGCAUGCCAUGUCCAUCACUGCUGUUUUGAAUAAAGGUCAAACGAACGUGUGUGCUUUUUUGUUAACGGUUGACUGCAAAGUUUCGUUUCGCCUACAGUGCUGUUCGUAUCGAAAGUAUGUGUUUGACUAUCAGAUAUUAUAUUGCAUAUCGCUUGAAACCCUGUUGGCUGUUAGGGGGGGGGGGGGGGGGCAUGUACGUCUGUGAGAAAUUUGUAGCUCAGAGAAAAAAAAAAACACUCCAUCGUGAUACAAAUGGUGUCUGUGUAAUCACUCAUGUUUUACCACUGCAGGACAACACUUUAUUCAGCUGUGCUUUAUGUGCAGAAGCGGGGAAAGAGAAGUUACUCGUUACGUAGAAAUGCAGAGGUUCGCAGCAAACAAUAUAUAGAGAGAGAUGUACCGUUGUGUGGUUUAUUUUAAGAACCAUAUUUAUGUCUCUUGUAGUACUGUAUAAAGAAUAACACGAAAAAAAUCAUGCCAUUUGCUCACGCGAUAAACAAACACGCUCACAACAAAUGACUGCAUUUCAUCCUUCGUUCAAUUUGUGGACGCCAGUUACUGCAAUGCCGAAUAGUCAUUCUGCAAUACCCUGCAGAUAUUAGGGGGGUGGUGGUGGUUCGGUAUUUGUGGAGAGCUGCGCUGCCCCCCUCAAAUCUGCCUCCCAUUCGCUGCCCCUCGCCUGCCCUGCCACCUCAUGGCCGCGGAGCGUUGUCUGCCUCGAACCGCCGCGUGCGACCGUCCGCCGCAUCGUCCACGCGAUCACGAUGCCGGUCACAAAGUAAAAAAAAACGAACGCGAGAGGAAGCCGCCUGCAUCGCCGCCGCCCAUUCAUUGCCGGCUUGCCGCCUCGUUGCGCAUCGUCGAAAUUGUGUUUCUCUCCCUCCCUCUUGACACGCGCGCCGCGUUCCGAAAGAUGCGGUCCACAUCUCUGAAGCUGACGCGCCUUCCGUGGCGCGUACAUUUGCACCUCGGAUCGGGCAAAGCAUUUCGAAUGCCCUCGUUAGGUCUCAAUUCGUUGUUAUUGUCGUAGUAGCAGUGAUGAUAAUAACAACGAUGCAUUACGCAGAGGCCUGCCAUAGAGCAGAGGACUAAAGAGGUUGCGAUUGUGAAGUAAUGUCAGGGAGAGCGAUCGAGUGAUUCUUUUCCAAGACUGCUGCUGCUCAUUUUCUCCGGGGGAGUGCGACAUUGCUCCCCCUCCUCCCCCUCCUCCCCCCUUCAGAUGCAGUUUUCUCUGUGACGUAUGUAACUGUCCAUAACAUAGGGGGUUUUUGGAUUAGGUCGCGUAGUAAGGUUUAUCACGUAAACAGAACGUGUCAAUUCGUCGCUAGAACAGCACACCGGUGUGUUGGAGAGCAAAUCCACAACAUUUACAAUCUGAGUUUGACGUUUCGCCAGUAAAUUACAACUAGCUUCAUCAGGCGGACAGCCAGAUUCGUUGAGCGAUCCUCCUGUUUGGCUGUCGGGUGGUGGCGGGUUUAACGACACAUUUAUAUAUUUACGCGAUCUAACCCAAAAAAACUAUUACAGAUGAUAUUGGUGGCGAAAGCCUACGUGUAUGUAACUGUAAUGAAAUAUGGCAUGUGAUGUGAGACGUGUGUGUGUGUGUAUUAUUGUCCAGUGUUGGAUUCGCCCUUGACCGUCUCUUUCUGAGCAUUGUGACACGGCUUCAGGGGCUGGUGGUUAGCCACAACGGGGCCACUGAGCUGGUUUGCAUGUAAAUGCGACGGGAUUGACCAAAGCGCACCGUUUGUUAUGAAGUGAAUGCUAAACAGCCAGUGUCCCACCUCCAAAUCGUGCAUAAUUAUCAUCAACUUAAUGACGAACAAUGGUACCUGCCCGCAACGUGGCCACUGUUUUAAAGAUAUUGAGAUCCCUAAGGCGAUACGAUAUGAGCCUCAACUGGAGGGCUCACUCUCGAUUAUAAGGACAGGUCAUCGCUUCCUGAGCACAUUAUUUUCCCUCCCAACAAAAAUUCACCGCUCGUGGACAUGGGCCACCUUGCUUGGAGCGCGCACCGCAGCAGGUGGGGGGUGGGGGGGGCAUCGUCCCCUGGGGCGUGCGGCUUCCAAUUCACGACGACCGGUAGCCGUGUCGCAGCCAGCCGAUGUCGCUGCGAAUGACCCUGCGCGCACGGGCACUGGCGUGCCAAAUGUAAUCGCACGACGGCCGAGAGCCCGAACCGUUUCCGCGGCUUCUUCUCGUCGCGCCCCGGUGGUCGUGCGCGUCCAGACGUUGAGUUUCCUGCGGUAUAAUCUGUUCACGGGGGGGGGAGGUGUUGCUUAGCUGCGCACACUCCAAUUAGAUUUGGAACAGUCGACACCUUGGGUGAUUGGCGGCGGCGGCUCCGGCGUUGCAGUUCUGUAAGAGUUUCGAGAGAGGGAGAGAGGGAGGAAGGGAGGCCCUCUGAGUGAGCGUUGUGUAUCGGUCAUGAUCCCUUUCCUCGAGUCGCCCCCCUCCCCCCCCAGAAGAGAUAGGCAGCCGUGAGCUUCCCUCCAAUCGGAAUGAUUACAACGGAGGCGAAUGUGUUUCCCCCCUUCAUGAUGCAUGGUUGUGGUGAGAUAAUUUCGAGGUUUUUUUGGUUUGUGUUAAAAUGAGCCCAUAACCCAUACCUAAAUGGCUAAAUGUACUCAUAGCUGAAUGUGUUAUUUGCUUCAUGCUGUGUAUCUAUGGAGGCGAUGUUAUCGGUUGAUCGGCAGGCCUAGAGGAGACGGGGGGGGGGAGAUUGCCACUGCCAGGCGGUGACACGUCGCGCUCCGGCCUCAGAGAGACACCCCAGGGGUGGACGCGAGGGUUUGAUGCGGCAGGAGGCCGACGAUGUCCCGACUGCCAUCAACAGCCUUGCACGCGGGGACGGUGACGAAUACGUCGAUGGCAUCGUGAAGCAAUUCAAACGUGCAUUGUAUUUAUAAAAAAAACAACAACAACAACAACAACUACUUGUUGCUCUAUAGCAAUGGCUUGUCAUGAUGUUUAAUAAAUGUGUUCUCGUCGCAGUGGUGUGCGUCUUGCUACCGAUGGCAAGGAAAGGUUUUGCAUCUUUACGACAUCCCCAGGCGCACAGUUUCUGCCCGAGUGAUUGUGUCAGUCGCGUCGGGUGUGUGUCUUGGGAUGCUUUUGGUCAACCCAUGUCACGCAUUUACUUAUUUCCUGUCUUUGUGUUGCUGCUGCUGCUGCUGCCAUCAUGAAAAGUGCUUGCUCAGUAAAACCUCCUCGUCCUGUG